AUGAAAGCAAACCAUUUACUCACAGGGUUGGUUGCUCUUAUUUAUUCAUCCUCGGGUGUCAAUGCCAGCUGGUUCCCAAACUCCCAUCAAGUCAUCCUUCAAAACGAAGAACAAACCAAUGACAUCUUCAACUUCAAUUUAGCUGGGGUGCCAGCUGAAGUUGGAGAAGCAUGGCAAGAAAUGAAAGAGACAUUAUCUCAAUCGGCAAUUGCUAAAUUGAUCAAGGAAUAUCAAAACCCUAUGUCUUCUAUUUCCAAUUCCAGAUUGAAAUUGGGAGGUAUGAAUGAAUUUGAAGCGUUAUCUCACGAUAAGUUUUCCGAUUACAGUUUGCGUAUCAAGAAAAACCACCCAGAAAUCUUGGGUCUUGAUAGAGUUAAUCAAUAUACCGGGUAUUUAGACAUUGAAAGUCUCGAUAAACAUUUCUUUUACUGGUUUUUUGAAAGUAGAAAUGAUCCAGCUAAUGAUCCAAUUAUUUUGUGGUUGAACGGUGGUCCCGGUUGUUCUUCCAGUACUGGUCUUUUCUUUGAAUUGGGUCCUUCAUCAAUUAAUUCAACUUUACAACCAGUUCACAAUCCUUAUUCUUGGAAUUCCAAUGCUUCGAUCAUUUUCUUGGAUCAACCAGUUGGGGUUGGUUAUUCUUACACUGGAGGAGAUGAAGUUAAAAACACUGCUACUGCUGCUAAAGACGUUUUUGUUUUCCUUGAAUUGUUCUUUCAAAAAUUCCCAUCAUACUUGACUAAUAAGUUUCAUAUUGCUGGAGAAUCUUAUGCUGGACAUUAUAUUCCAAAAUUCGCCAGUGAAAUUCUCUCUCAUGCUGAUAGAUCAUUUGAAUUGUCUUCCGUAUUAAUUGGUAAUGGUAUUACUGAUCCUUUGAUUCAAUCUGCCUCUUACAAACCUAUGGGAUGUGGGGAAGGUGGUUAUAAGUCAGUGUUAACUGAAGAACAGUGUGAACAAUUGGAUAAGGAUUAUCCAAAAUGUGCAAGAUUAACCAAGUUAUGUUAUAAAUUCCCAACUGCAUUAACGUGUGUCCCUGCUCAAUAUUAUUGCGAUGUUAAGCUUUUUAAACCUUAUAGUGAUACUGGUUUGAAUCCAUACGACAUUAGAAAGCCAUGUGUUGAAGAAGGAGGUAAUUGCUAUAUAGAAAUGAAUUAUAUGGAUGAUUACUUAAACCUUGAUUAUGUUAAACAAGCAGUUGGUGCAUCAAACAUUGACAUUUACACUUCUUGUGACGAUAAGGUAUUUAGAAACUUCAUUCUCGAUGGUGAUGAAUCAAAACCUCACCAACAAUACGUUGCAGAAUUAUUAGAAAAGAACAUCCCAGUUUUGAUUUAUGCUGGUGAUAAAGAUUACAUUUGUAAUUGGGUUGGAAAUUUUGCAUGGGUUAAUGAAUUGGAUUAUUCUGGUAAGGAGAAAUUUUCAAGUAAACCAUUGCAAAAAUGGUAUCCUCAAGGAGUUGAUGGUAAGGCAGCAGGUGAAGUUAAAAACCAUAAGCAUUUCACAUUCUUGAGAAUUUAUGAUGCAGGACAUAUGGUUCCAUUUGACCAACCGGAAAAUGCAUUGGCUAUGGUUAACACCUGGAUCCAAGGAGAUUACUCGUUUGGACAUUAG